UAAGUUAGGAUUUCGUACAAUAUUCGAACCACUUCAAGCUAUGAAUUUUGAUGUGAGCAUGCCUGUGUGGUGAUGUUUACAGUGCACUUUCUAUUAGGACUGAUGUUGACUGGGAUGUAUAAGGUGGUAUUGGUGUUGGUACUGGUGUUGGUGUUGGUAUUGGUGUUGGUGGAAGCAGUGAAUGGGAUGUCCGGUCUUUGACCAAUUUGCUGGUAUGCUGAUCUACUCACCUCCCACCGCUUUAGGAGCUGCAGCUGCGCCUCGAUCCUUGAAGGGUGGUGGCGUUCCUACGGAUGCGGAAAACUCGACCUCUAGCCGAGUCUGACGCGAACCGUGAUUUUUUUGGUGUUGGUAUCAGUGUUGGUGAAGGAAGUCGUUUUUGUACUUUACAGUGUAGUCAGAGCAGUGGCGGUGUAUCACUUCUUCCUGAGCGAAUACCUCGCCGGAUUCUGGCAGGAUAAUUGUGAUGCCACUCACUAACCGUGUAAUGUAGCUCUGCUGCAAGUAUGUGUCACCUGUAUAAGGCUCUUCGGGUUACACUUCCCUUUACCUCUUGCACAGAACAUGUCCAGUGGGAAUCAUUUGAUUCUGAACUACGGUAGGUCAACAAAUAUUUGGCACCUAUUUAUUUUCGGCUACUUUCGGCCUGAUCAUAUUUGGCCGACGAUUUGUUGCAGCCGAAACUUUGUUUUACGAAGGUCAGUGUGACAGUGUAAUGAGUGUGUACAGGCAGCAGCAGUGCGAGCCGAAAAUUUAGUGCAGCGAAAGUGUGUUCUAGCCCUGGGAGGCCGAAAUUUGAAUGGGCCGAAAAUUUGUCGAGUUACAGUACUCAGUCGACGAACUAAGUUGUUUCAUUCUUUGUGGGCUCAUCAGUGCAGCGUAGACCAGUCUGUCUAUGGCUGUAAAAACGUGGCUUCCUGUUGCCUAAAAAGAACGCAAUAAUGUAGAGCUACCUAGCCCAAUUUUCCUGGAGAUGUGAAACUGAGAUGCAAAGCCUGAAGUAAAGUGGCAUGGGAUGAAGUCUUUGCCCAUCACAAGUAAGUUGGUGCAUUUCUCCAUCUAGAAGAUUCCAGAUUGGAAUCUACCAUUGAUGCUUUGCAAAUGAAAUCAAGCAAAGGGUCCUUUACGCCUCUUCUAUCUCACUCAGCUGACAGAUACCCGGCUACCCUCAUGACUCAGCUCUACAUACUGCGGCAAGGAACCGGAUUGUUUACUGGUAGUUUUCCCCUGCUAGAAUUGGCUGGAGGCCCUUGAGCUGUGAGUUGGUGGUGAGCUAGGUAGCUGGGAUGGCUUGGGGCAUUUGUGAAUUAGAGGAGGUGUACGUGUACUGGGUCACAAGUAGUCUUGAAGUGGCUGUGUGAUUGGCCCGCAGCUUCAGGACAGUCCACCCACUUAAGUUAUGCUGCUUUGGAUGACCGUGAAUUCAAAAAUUAAAUUUAAUCCACUUAGUUGUGUGGUGUAGUGUGGAAGGUAGAGGGUAGAGGGUCAUGCCAAUGUAUGGUGUGUGUGGGUACUGAAGUAGAUAUGUAGCUAUUAAGAUCUGUAGGUAAGUUAAGUGGAGUGUCCCCUUUCUCAGGGUAGUCGAGUGUGUUUGUCCGGGAGGAUGGUAUGACUAGCACAGCUAGGAUGUUAGUACCUUUCCUGCUAUUGGAAUGUGAAGUGUAGUCUGAACUGAAGACUUGUGAGUUGUGUGGAGUGCGCUGCGUCUCUUUCAGCAUUGCCACCGGACUAGUGCUGAUUAUGUAACACCCUUAGAAGAACAGCUGUGUCAAGUACCGCAGCACCAUCACCGGCACUGUUAAUUAUUUUUAUGGCUGACAUCAAGUUUGACAAUGAUGUACAGUCUUGACCUGGAGGUCAAAACUAGCUCUGCAAUGCUGCAUUUCCAUUUCGAAUACUACAUCCUGCACAGUCCACAAGCCAAACUGGUGGACCAUAGUUUCAUUGUACAUAAUCUACUUUGAAGUGCAUACACCACAUGGCCGUACUCCCCACAUUGCCAUACUCCCCCUUCAUAGGGUGUAGACACAAUAGUUAGUGAACUCUGGCAGUUCUUGCACAGCACAGGCUCUAGUCUAGAGUUAUCAGCUGUUGAUUCUGUCAACCCUGGUACCAGUGGGUUGGAGAGUUUGUGUUCUGGGACAGAUGUACAGAAGGAGCCUAGGUACGGAUUGUUUAGCUCACGUGUGGGUGCGUCGGAGCAUGAGUGCUAUUAUAGCGCGAGUGGUAGUGGCAAAAAAGUACUUGGACAAGUAUAGACCAAACCAGUCUAUCUUCCCGUAUGCAGAGCUCACCGACUUGUCAAUUUGAGCACUCUGGCAAGGAGCUGGUUGCCAUGGAUACGCCAGACGUAGAACCCGGCAGCGGUGAGGGAGGUGCAGCGGCCGCCGCAGCGUCGAGCGCUGCCACGGUAACGCAGAUGGUGAGCGGCGUGGUGCGACGCGUGACCAACCCAACGAAGCGCGACGUGAUUGUGCUUGUCGUACGCCUCGUCGUCGUGUUCGUUGUCAUUCCGGGUGGUCUGGCGGCCGUCGGUGCCACCGUGGAGACGGUAAUCUACAGUGACUUAAACCGACCCAACUUCAACGACGUGUAUUUCGUGUAUUCGGCGCUGAUCGCGGCGCCGCUCAUUCUGCUCCGCUGGUACUGGCCCUGGCCGGAUCACAACCUGAAACUGGAGCUCUUCUACUUCUGCCUGUUCUCCAUCGGCUUUCUCCUAGCAAUCAUACUGUCCACGGUGGCCGGAGCGGAAGCGUUCCACGUCGGUUCUCACGUGCGGCAGGUCUUCAACGGACCCGGUAAUCUCUACAUGGACAUCCGAUCGGAGAGCGACAUUCACGCCUGGCUCGGCGAUGCGCUGGGUAGUAUCUACGGUCGGGAUGCGGAUGACGCCGGUGUCUCGAUGUUCGAGCGAAAUCUCGGCGGUCGCGUGUUCCUGCUCGGCCUGAUACGACUCGUGCAGUUCCGUAGUCCGAGAACCACAUGCUCCCAAUCUGUUCGGACCCUCCUGUUUGGGAGUAGUGUGUGCUACGAGUCGCGUUCCACCACGAGCAAACAGGACACCGAGCCGUACACGAGCCUGCAGUACAACUACUCCGACAUUCCUUACAGGUCCCUCUCGGGCCGGAAGAUCUUCGCCAGUGAGAUCAACUUGAAAGGACAGCUGCACAGUUACCCGCUCAGCGGACAUUGGGUAGUGUUCUCACCCGAUUUCUCGUUGGACAACGUCAGCACCAUGCUGAACGCCAUGAAGAGCCCCGAGCAUCCGUGGCUCGACCAUCAAACGUCGAUGCUGAUGCUGGACGCAACGUUCCUAACCCCCGACACGCCUUCUCCCAUCCUGGGUCGUAUCACCUACAUGAUCGAGAGCACCAGCAGCGGAUUGUAUAUACCGAAUUCACCGCACGUGAGCUUGAACAACGUGGAUGCGGCCGAAUUUGCAAGGGAGGACAAUGAGCGGUGCAUACCUCCACCCGUGCAUCGGAAUUUCUUUGUUCCGCUAUUCCUCGGAGUUGUGCCUACCAUCAUCUAUCUCGUCUUCAGGCAUAUCCUGCAGGUGCGCGAGAACGCAAGGAAGUACUUCUCGCGCCCGUUCACGUACUCCGAGCUUGGCUGGAUUAUCUGCGUGUCGCUUUCGAUGAUCUUCCGGUGGCGUUCUAUAUCGUUUGAGCACUGCGAUCAAGCGCUAGUCGAGCAGGAGAUCUACACGACGGGCGAGACUGUUCAGCUUGACUGGUUUGAAUUUGCGCCCAUUGCUGAUUGGUGGUUUGAGUCGCGACGUGUUCUCGGCAUGGCCGUCUUCCUCUACCUGUUCACGGCGCUGAAGUUUGUUGUGCGCCUCCCGGCCCUGAGCGGCCUCAUCCGAACUCUGCAACUGGCUGGCCGCGAGCUGGCGUCAUUCUCGCUCUCCUUCGCCGUGCUCUUCAUGGGCUUCGUGAGCAUGUUCUACAUCGUGUUCAGCAUCGAGGCGGAGCAGUUCAGCUCGCUGGCCCGCUGUGUUGGCACGCUGUGGCUGGGGAUGCUCGGCGAGCUGGAGAUCACCCCGGAGCUGUGGAGGGUCAAGGAAUGGGCGCUGCCGAUCAUCGUCAUCUUCACCUUCAUCUCCGUGUUCGUCCUGCUCACCGUCAUCGUGGCCAUUAUCAGCGAUGCUCACGAGCAGGCCCGCGAGCAGAAGGAGAAAGCGGCCGAGCUGCGGCAGAGAGUACAACGGGCCGUGGAAUGGUGGAAGAAGCGACGCGGUUCGCCGGCCAAUGACUCCGUCGGACGGCGCAAGAGUCGCCUCUCGAUAUUCGCCACCUCCGCACUCUCCAAGAGUAAGACAUCCAACGGCAGCGCCGGUGGUGGUGGUGGAUUUGCAAACGCCGUGACGGCCAUGCGGGACGCCGGCGUGAAGAAGCGCCACGUCUCGACCAUCACAGAGUCCACGGCUGAAGAGCGCAAUGAGGAGGUGCCAUCGAAUAACAACUCCGCAACGAAGCAGCCUGCAGUGUCCGUGGUAACGGGACGAUCUUCGUCACUGGUCGGAGCGGCGCUGAAGGCUAAGGCAGCCGCUGCCCAAAGCAAGAAGACAACGUCAUCACCGGCUCCUGUUCAAGAUGCUACAGAUCAUGAUGCUACUGACAAGGAGUCCGCAACAAUCAUCGCAGCACGAGCUGCGGCCAUUGCUUUUCACGAGUCCACGUCGUCGAGUAGCCCGGACCUUGAUCGGGACAGCGGUGGCGCAGGGAGGACCAAUUCGGGCGUGUUUCUCAUAAACAGACGAGACUCGGCUGCAUCAAGCGACGCGUUUGAGAUGGAAAAUGUCAAGAAGGUGUGAUUUGGCGUAUAUCCAUACUCUGUUUAGACAUUAUUGUUAUCCUAUACCCGUCCAUGACUUGAGAAAUUUCCACUACCUUUCUCCUGCGACUUUCCGAUUUUGAUUGACAUUCAAGUUCAUUUAAGGAGUUUAUCUCCGAAUAUUUUGCCAACUUGAUUCUCUCUUCCUUUAGCUUUGGCCACUGCCAUUAUAUGGGUCAUAGGGUAGUAGUAAUAUUAGAGUACAAACAA